ACAUGUGCAUGUAUGUGGUCCGACACGUAUCAGCCUCUUCUAUUUCCUUUUUCUAACACCAAUGAAUCACAAUUCGUAACGGUAAUAACGGUUGCAUCUUCUUCUCUACAAUGAAACCUUCUUUCAUUGUCUGCUUCUCUCAAAAACACCUUCUACUGACCAUCCGUUUGUACCUCUAUCGGAUACAUCAUAUUCUUUUUGUGUUACAACAUCAAACAUAUUCUACUUCAAAUAAAGUUUGUUUCUUUAACACAGGGUUUGAAAAAUAACAGAAGAAAAAUUGAUUUCGGGAAGCUCCCUAUAUCACCGAAUUUUAUUAUUGUUAGAGACAGGAAGAGAAGAGAGAAUGAGAUCUACGUGGUUCUUACAUAAUCUUUCCAAGGAUUUGUGAGCACUGCAGCUUUGAAUACAGAUAAUUAGGUAAACAAAUAAACCAGAUGGAGAUGAAAAUGUCUAGCUUCUGGGGUCCGGUUACUUCAACUACAGAUUGCUGUGAAAAGAAUUAUGAAUAUUCAUCUUAUAUUGCAGAAUUUUAUAACACAAUAUCCACCAUUCCGACCAUUCUUUUGGCUCUCGUCGGUCUUAUAAAUGCUUAUAGAGAACGGUUUGAGAAAAGAUUUUGUGUUCUUUAUGUAACAAUUAUGGCACUUGCCAUUGGAAGCAUGUUGUACCAUGCCACGCUACAGCGUGUGCAACAACAGAGCGAUGAAACUCCUAUGAUGUGGGAGAUUCUGCUAUACAUGUACAUCCUGUAUUCCCCGGAUUGGCACUAUCCUCGUACAAUGCCCAUCUUCCUAUUUUUGUAUUGUGGUAUAUUUGCCAUUGUUCAUUCAGUGGUCCGUUUUGGAAUUGGGUUCAAAGUCCAUUAUAUCAUUCUCUGCCUCCUCUGCAGUCCAAGAAUGUACAAGUAUUACAUUUAUACUGAUUAUGUGUCUGCAAAGCGCCUGGGAAAGCUUUAUGUAGUUACUCUUCUAUUGGGAGGUUUGUGUUGGAUAUGCGAUCAUGUUUUCUGCAAGCAAAUUUCUAGUUGGCCAAUUAAUCCACAAGGUCAUGCUUUGUGGCAUCUCUUCAUGGGUUUCAAUUCCUACUUUGCAAACACAUUCUUGAUGUUUUGUCGUGCUCAACAACUUGCCUGGUCUCCAAAAGUUGUCCAUGUAAUGGGUUUCUUGCCCUAUGUCAAGAUUGAGAAGCCAAAACACCAGUAAAAGAAAACAAUACAAGAUGAAAAAGUUUCAGUCAUCGUACAUUUGGGUAAAGAGUAGUUAGGUAUCAAUGUUUUUGGCCUUUUUUUUUUUUGGUUUAGAGUGGUUUACAUAAUGAUUUAUUUAUUUAUUGAUAUUCUGUUCUACACCUA